UGGAGAUCUCAAUUGUUUAAAAAAACCUCCUCAUUUCUCAUGGUCCAAGUUUCUAAUCCUGUUUCCACAUCCAAUAUUACCGCCAUGCCAACUGUUGAUCCUAAUGCUUCACACGCUACGGUCGCAAAGAGUUCUAGUCAGAGUAACCUCACUGGUGCCAAUUCAAAUGCUGGCAGUGGUGGUGUGCCCCCCAAGAUCAUUAACCCUACAAAGCAAGCUUUUACUCAGCAACAAUCCCCCAUUCAUUCCUUCCCUGGUGGGAUGAAUACUGGCACAAAACCCGUUCCGGCUGCUGCUGGACCAAGCAGUAGUGGAGCUAGUCGAGGCAAUGCGGGAACAGCCGGUCAUACUUUACCCAUAGCUGGGAACACUGUUGCUGUGGGUGGAUCUAAUAACACAGCUCGUACUAAGGCGAAGCAGCCCAUGAGAACAACCAAGACAAGCCAAAAGCUGACAUUGUUUCCUGAAGAAAAAGAUGUACCAGUGUUGGAGGACGAUGACGACUUUGACACCACAACAUACAACCAGAUUGGCCAACUCUCUUCUGGAACAUCUAGGAAUGAGGCCCACCGCAUGAGCAAAUUGGACAGACAAAAGCUUCCUAGAGUCAUUGCGUACUGUACAGCAUCUUCCUAUAGGAUGGAUGACCUUUUCAACUAUCUUCAAUCACGCAAAACGAUGAAUUUCUGUGCACCAAAGCGUUUCGAUGAAUGCAUCUACUCACCAUUCUCGUACACAGCGUCUUCAAAACCGCCGACAACCGCUGAUCUUUUGGGGUUGAACGAACCAAAUGAGUCUCGUCUCUUGGAGCAGCAGCGCCUGAAGGAGUCAACCCCUGAGCUGUUCUUCUUUGAUUAUGGUGUUACUGUCAUCUGGGGAAUGUCAGAGCAUGAGGAGUCACGUCUAUUACAGGAGAUUUCCAAAUUCGAAGAGGAGAAACUUGAUGAUGAGGAUGUCGAGACUGAAGAGUUUUCAUAUUACUACAACUCUGAGUAUCAGCCCAGGAUCUAUAACGAUGUAAUUACGCUUAAAAGUGCAGGAAAUUAUAUGGUCAAGCUGACCAUCUCUCAUGCUAUUGCUCAAUCGGUCAAAAUGACUCUAUUUGAGGGGCUUAUCGAGAAUACUAUCAACGCAACAAAGCAUAUUCCGCAGACAAUGGCAGAGACGGGCAAGGUUCCAAUGUCAAGGACGGCUAUUACUAAGAAGAUCGGCCAGCUCUUCAUUAUGAGAAUUAACGUAAACCUUGUCAGCAAUAUUCUGGACACGCCCGAGAUUUUCUGGUCAGAGCCAUCUUUUCAGCCACUUUAUUCAGCCAUUCGAGGUUAUCUGGAAAUUAAUCAGCGAGUUGAGUUGUUAAACCAGCGUACCACUGUGAUCAGUGAUCUCUUGGACAUGUUAAAAGAACAUCUUAAUUCUUCUCACGGUGAACAACUGGAAUGGAUUGUGAUUGUUCUCAUUUUCUUUGAAAUCGUCAUUGGAGUCAUUACCAUCUGUUUGGAUCUUUUCAGCUACACCAACCGUGAAGGAGGCCAUUCAUUAUAAAAGCUAAAGUUUUGGAAGAUGUGAUGAAGAAUCACUGCUCUACAUGGUUUAUUCCAAUAAUCAUGUACAGUUAUGGUGUCGUCUUGAGGGAAUAAAGACUUUGCUU